AUGAAGCAGACAAGCGUAUGUCACCAACUGGAAUCUAGGAAUGCGACGGAUUUUAGGAAUCCAAUUGGAUUCGAAUUUGAACCGGAAUCCUGGAAUCCAGAAAAAUUCGGAUUCGUUGAAUCCAAUGCUAGAGAUUUGAUAAAAACGGAUCUAUGGUUACCAGAUAAAUUUCAUAUUUGCUGGGAAAGAAACAGAAUGUGGAUGAUUCAACACAUCGAGCGCACCAUCAACAAACAGCACAAAGUGGUCAAAAAGUUCAAACGACAGCAGAAACAGCAACCGGAAGAACAUUUUGAAGUCACUCAGACCGAGUCAUCCUCCUCAUCAACGUCACACCAUUUAACGCUAGAAACAUCAUCACCACGUUCGGCUUCGUCUUCCAGAGAACCACAAAAUGUUCUAGUUAAGUUGAAGACGCUCUGUCAUCAGAGGCAGUCCUCCCAAUUAGCCCCAAAUGACUUGCAUUUUGAAAACAAAAACAGCAUUCAACAUUUCGUCUGCAUCAACAACGUCAACAACAACAACAGCAACAACAACAACAACAACAACAAUAACAAUGAUAAUGACGUCAUCAAAAAUAAUGGGGGCAGCAUUGCAGCAACUGAUGGUCGAACCUUUAAUCAGAGUUCAGAGGCGACCACACCCAGAGAUAAUAACAAGACAGAUAGCCAAAACAACAACAAAAACAACAACAUGAACAAUAAAAACAACAACAAUAACAACAACAACAACAUCAGUAACAACAACAACAACAAUAAUAAUAAUAACAAUAACGAUAACAACAACAACAACAUCAACAACAACAGUAACAACAACAAUAACGAUAACAACAACAACAACAACAUCAACAACAAUGACAGCAUUAGCGAAAGCACGAUGAGUGAGAAAAAUAAGAAAACAAAGAAAUCACUGAGCAUCAUGAAAGACCACCAGCGCCACCAACAACGCCCCCACCACCAACAUCAUCAUCGCGGCUACAGCAGCAGCAGCAGGAAUAAUGACGACAACGACGACAACGACACCAGCAACAACAACAACAACAGCAGCAGUUACAUGAUGAAUGGCGUUAGAUCGAUGCUACCUGGCUGGCUGUUUGUAGGGGUAGAGGGGGGGUUGAAGAGGUGCCGGCGGGUGGACUGCACCCACUGUAAGGGAGUCAUCUCCCAACUCUUCCUCAUACUAGUCAAUUUUCUUUUCCUGUCCAGGAGGAUAUUAGCCCUAUCCUGUUGUCCAUGA